AUGCCCUGCACAUUCAUUUUGCGCGUGCGUUCGUGGGCCUCCAGUCGUCAACGCUUGCGAGCCAGGGCUUUUCCACGGAUUCUUGAUUUUAUUUCCUUUUUUUCUCAUUCUUUUAUUCCAAUCAUCUUCCUUUCUCUUCACCGUCAUCAUGUAUUCACUUCUUUCUUUCUUUCUUUCUUUUCUUUCUUUCUUAUUCAUGCACUAACAUUUUUCAUUCAUUAUCUUCUUUUAAUGUAUUCACAUUUCCUUAUUAUUAAUUUUUCUUUUCUUUUCUUUUCUUUCUUUCUUUUUUUCUUUCUCAGUUUUGAUGCAUGUACUUUUCCCUUUUCGUACUUUCGUUAUCCCCUUUUGAUGCAUUCACAUUUCUUUCUUUCUUUCUUUCUUUCUUUCUUUCUUUUUCUUUUUUUCGUUUUCAUGCACUUACUUUUCCUUUUUAUUUCUUUCUAUCUUUCUUUCUUUUUCUCCUGUUUUCAUGCAUUCACUUUUCCUUCUUUCUUUCUUUCUUUCUUUCUUUCUUUCUUUUAUUUGAUGCAUUCACAUUUUCUUUUUCUUUUUUCUUUCUUUCUUUCUUCCUUUCUUUCUUUUUUUUUUCUUUCUUUCAUUUUGGUACAUUCACUUUUCCGUUUUCUUUCUCUCGUUUUCAUGCAUUUACUUUUCUUUUUUUCCUUUCUUGCUUUCUUCCUGUCUUUCUUCCGGUUUCAUGCAUUCAAUUUUCCUCUCUUUCUUUCUUUCUUUCUUCAUGUUAUUACGCAUUCCUUUUUUUCUUUUUCUUUUUUCUUUAUUAAUUACUUCCGUUCUUUUACUACUUUCCUGGUCGAUCAAAUUCUUUGCAUUCUUCACAGUUACCAAAAUCGAUGUCCUCAUCUGAUCAUCGAUCAUGCAAUAGUGAUCAUGUCAGUUUCCAAUGACUCCGAGGCUAUCUCUGGGCGACAUAUACAAUAUUUAUUUGGAUGA